GCAGAUCUGAAGCAAGGAGGCAGUGAUUGGGACGGCUGAGUACUAGACCAGAAAAGCCAAACACAUCUCCAUGAAACAUCAAACCCUAGUUCUGCGUCGAUCGUCCGCUAUGGAGAUCUUUCUCUGAUCUUUUCUUUCCUUUUUGUUUAUAUAUCUUCUUCUUCGAGUUUUUUUUUUUUUUCAUCGUCCGAAGCCCUGUAAUUCAUACGUACUUAGAAUCAGAACCGGUAAAAGGAAACCCCAACUCUUGCACAGAUAAUAGUAAACCCUUUUAAGUGUCAAAGCUUCUCGCCGCGUUUGAUAACGGGCGGUGAGGAUGUCGACUCCUGCAAGGAAGAGAUUGAUGAGGGAUUUCAAAAGGUUGCAGCAAGACCCUCCUGCAGGCAUCAGUGGUGCACCUCAAGACAACAAUAUAAUGCUUUGGCAUGCUGUAAUAUUUGGCCCUGAUGACACUCCCUGGGAUGGAGGUACGUUUAAGUUGACACUUCAGUUUACAGAGGAUUAUCCCAAUAAACCACCUACAGUGCGAUUUGUUUCUCGAAUGUUCCAUCCAAACAUUUAUGCCGAUGGGAGUAUCUGUUUGGAUAUUCUACAGAACCAGUGGAGUCCCAUUUAUGAUGUAGCUGCUAUACUUACAUCUAUCCAGUCGUUGCUUUGUGAUCCAAAUCCGAACUCACCUGCGAACUCAGAAGCUGCACGAAUGUUCAGCGAGAACAAGCGCGAGUAUAACAGGAGAGUACGUGAAAUUGUUGAACAGAGCUGGACAGCUGACUGACACUCCUGAUGUGGUGCUUUGAAUGUUUCCAAGGAUUUGAGAAUGCCCGAGUAGUGUUAAACGUUUAUAAACCAUUAUAUUGUUAACUAUUCUACUCCAAUUAUAGUAUAUGUUUGCUUCCUUUUGAGGACGGAUGAUUUCAGAGAAACCUGGUAAAUUUAUGUCUGGGUUCAUGUACAGGGCAUUAUCUGCAUCACUUGCUCUGAAUUCUAAUUAAUUUCAAUGGUUCAAUUACAUGCAUCAGCAUCAAGUAUCA